AAUCAACAGCUGUAAAUGCAUGUCUGUUAGUGGGAGCUUGUCCAUCAAAUCGGGUAAAAAUUGUGGCUUUUUGCUGUUUCUGUGUGCAACUCGCUUUUUUGUAUCAUCUCUUGUGCUGCUUCUCCUUUCCUUGAAUUAUUGUAUGAAUCUUGGUGUGUUUUUGAGAGAGGGCUCGUCACCCAAAGGAUAGAUGUUUCCUUUUUCGUGGAUCCUCCUUUUCUUGCCCCUCUGCGAUUUUCUCUUUUGUCUUUUAAUUUUAUGUUCCAUCACUUCAACGCAAUUUUAACAAUAUACAUUUGAUUAUUAUGGCGUCAUUCAAUUACUGUCGUUUGCUACUACCUCCCAUCUUGCCCAUUCUCUCCAUUACUAUAUCUUCAUUUACCAUCUUUCACUUCCUCCGCAUCACUCUCUUUCCCUUACCUCUUUCCACACCUCUGGUUUCUUUGAAAUGGAGCAAGAUCAUCAUCUUACUUGUGGUCACAGACCCAGCUUUAUUAUCUUCUCUCUGUUGUUUCUAAUAGUUUCAAGCUGGACCCAGGAGGGAUUUGUUACUGAAGGUAGAAAAACUCUGAAACAGAAUGGUUCUGAGGAGGUGGUACUUAGUGAGGAUGAUACAAGUGUGAGAGCGAGGAUAGGUUCGAGGCCACCGAAAUGUGAGGGAAGGUGUAGCUGGUGUGGUCACUGUGAGGCUAUCCAGGUACCUACGAAUCCCCAGGUCCAGAAGGAGAAGAUGAACACUUCAAUUGCUGCUUAUGGAAGAGGAGAUGAGAGUACAACUUCAAACUACAAGCCAAUGAGUUGGAAGUGCAAGUGUGGGAAUCUCAUUUUCAACCCUUGAUGAUUUCAGUCCUUACCAGUACCAAAAUUUAGAUCCUUAUAUAACUACACCAAUCGAUUGGUCCAUAUAUUUUGUAUGUGAAUAGAUAUUUUCACUUUUUCAGUUAUUCUUUUCUCCUUGCAUGGAUCCUUUUCACCUUUUCUAUAUAGGCACCAUAUAGUAAUCACUAGCAGUGUGCUUUCUGAUAUGCUG